AAGAAGAUUGCUCUCUCCAGAUGCUGAUUUCUGAAGCACUUGGCAAUCACCGGGCAGGAGCCUGGAAGAGGCGGCGGUAGCCGCCCCGGCCGCGGCGAUGGCAGCGGCGGGCGAGCGGGCGGUGGCGGCGCGGGGCUGAGGGGCAGCGCCGGGAGGCGACGCUGCCGGCCGGACCCGACCCGACCCGACCCCACCGGGCGCGGCUCUGCCCCGAGUCCCGCUGGCUCCGCGCCGCCGGGCCGCCCGCAAACACCCUCCGCCCGAGCAGGUGCCCCUGCGCCGGGGGCAGGCCGGGAGGGGCGGCGAGGCACCCAUGCGGUGACCCGCGGCGGCGGCGGCAGCUCCCGCGGGCCACGGGGCGGGGGUGCCCCGCUGCAGCCGCGCCCCGGGCCGGAGGAGGCUCCCGCUCGCCCGCGCUCCCGGGGAUGGGGCCCCGCCGGGGCUGAGCGCCCCGCCGCCGCCCGCCCCCCUGCCCGUCGCGGCGCCGGCCGGCGUGGGCGACCCGGCGAGCAGCCAUGGCAGCGGCCAUCGCCAGCGGUUUAAUCCGCCAGAAGCGGCAGGCGAGGGAGCAGCACUGGGACCGGCCCUCGGCCAGCAGGAGGCGGAACAGCCCCAGCAAGAACCGCGGGCUCUGCAACGGCAACCUGGUGGACAUUUUCUCCAAGGUCCGCAUCUUCGGGCUCAAGAAGCGGCGGUUGCGGCGCCAAGAUCCCCAGCUCAAGGGUAUAGUGACCAGGUUAUAUUGCAGGCAAGGCUACUACUUGCAAAUGCACCCCGAUGGAAGUCUCGAUGGAACCAAGGAUGACAGCAGUAAUUCUACUUUAUUCAACCUUAUACCAGUGGGACUUCGAGUUGUUGCUAUCCAGGGUGUAAAGACUGGGUUGUAUAUAGCUCUAAAUGGAGAAGGUUUCCUCUACACAUCAGAACUUUUUACACCAGAGUGCAAAUUCAAGGAGUCUGUUUUUGAAAAUUACUAUGUAAUCUACUCAUCCAUGCUCUACAGACAACAGGAGUCCGGGAGGGCCUGGUUCUUGGGGCUGAACAAAGAAGGGCAGGUCAUGAAAGGAAACAGAGUGAAGAAAACAAAACCAGCAGCUCAUUUUCUACCCAAGCCAUUGGAAGUUGCCAUGUAUCGAGAACCAUCUUUGCAUGAUAUUGGAGAAACAGUGCCAAAGGCUGGGGUAACUCCAAGUAAAAGCACAAGUGCAUCUGCAAUAAUGAAUGGCGGCAAACCAGUUAACAAGAGUAAGACGACAUAGCCAGAUCCUCACAGGUGUUGUGACUUACUGAGUCCUGAGUACAGUUGAGUGAUUUAUCCUUGCCAGACUUCCCCUCUGCAAUGUCUGUGGAUCAGCUUGCGGCAAGUCACAGACUUGCCUGUUGCUGUUUCUGACCUGAGUUGUUGCAAGCGGAUAAAUCUCAACAUGUAACUCCACCCACAACAAGAAGACACCUGGAUGAACCAGCUAAACUCAGACCAUGGAAUGCCCUACCAGAUAUUGGAAUGCCUUUUUAAUAUCUUUUCUGUGACUGUGACACUUCAUGUGAAUGACAUACUUCACAAAUACACUUGAUACCUUGCCUGCUGACAAUUGCCCAUAAUCCCUUUUUGAGUCCAGUUUCAGCAAAAUCCAUGUGUUUAAGUUCGAUUUUGUAGCACACAAAUAAUCAAGUAAUUUCUAGUUAGAUGCUGUAAACCUGUGCUAUUAUGGAUUUCUCUUCUUCCCUUUUUUAUAAGGCUGCUCGCUCCACUGUCUGUGACCUUUUGCAGGGAUUGUGUUUCUCUAUAACUUAAGUGUUGCCGGUGGCUCAGUUUUGAAAGCAAUCAGGGAAUCAGGAAGCCUUCAAAAAUCUAUUAUUACAAAUUAUAUCUAUAAAGAAUAGGAUUGUUGUCUCUGGCUUACAAUAAUGAUUAAACGUGAAUACUCUUUAGUAACAGAUACUGUGCUUCUGAGGUUGGCAUUAUAGUGGAGGGAAGAGUGUCAAACACAACCAACAGGAAGUCUUCUGGAACGAGUGUUUGGCAUCCCCCUAUAGUUUCUUUGUGUGUGUGUGUGUUUUAUACAUAUCACAGGCUUACUGGUAAUGGUAACAUUUGCCUUGCCCAGCGAGCAAGACCCACUCAUUUUUGGGAAAGUGGGUCCAGAGAAUUUUGUAGGCCUUGUAGGCCUGAAUUAAGGCUCAUUUUUCAUCUACUAAAUCUUCAUUGUUUGAAAAACAACCACCACCAAUAAAAAAAAAAUAAAAAAUAAGACUAACCAGAAUUGCGCUACCUAAAUCCAUUUCAAAUAUAAUCCUUUCCUGUUUUUUAAGGAACUGAACUUAAUGCCAUUGUCAUUUUUGGCUGAAUCCCACACCUACUUAGCAAAGCAUGGGCAAGGAUGUUGUUGUGUUCUUUUUUGCAGCACCAAUGCAAAGGGUAGUUACAAAUUAUAGUUUAAUAUUUCUGGUGUUUUAAAAAAAAAGUUUUAAAACUGGACAUAUUACAAAAGUUUAUUUUUAUUUUUAGCUAAGCAUGCGAGUCCGAUCCUAUGUAUCUCACUGAUAUCCCAGUAUGUACCUCCACCCAGCUUCCUAGGAUAAUAUGCCCACCAAAUUGCUAGAUUGAAGGUGCCGUGCCUUGAUCUCUGUAUACUGUACUUUCUCCUACAUGAACCUAGAAGAAAUCAAAAACAUUAUAAAAUUGAAGCCUUGGAUCAUACUACCAGAAACACCAACUCUUUUGAGUUUGUCACUUGUGAACAAUUAAACCAAUGUUGUGGGGGGAGAGGGAAGAUUUAGAGAAUGCCACAGAGAAGCCACUGAAGUGUUGCACACUUAGUCACAGGCUUUCAGGAGACUAAAAAUAUGGGUACUCUGUGUAUACUUCAGAAGGUAUUUGUUUCUCAGAAAGGGCAACAAGGACCAAACUGUACCUCAGUCUGGAAAACUCUGUGGCAACACUCUCUUGGCCUCUUGCUGUUACCUUGAUUUUUAAGGACAAAAAAAGGAAACUAUCCAUUCCAUUUUUACCCUUGUAUUUCUGGCAAUUCAUUUUAUCACAUCUUUGUGCUGAAGUCCCUAACAGAGACUGCUGUGGUUAUUUCAAACUCCCUGUCUACUCAGCUGAACAACUGAUUCAGUCUGAAUGAAGUCUUCAUGCUAGUUUUUAAACACUUUCUGUAUUUGAUAAGCAACGUUUAGUGCACUCUUCAAGGAGGCUACUGUAAAGCUGCUAAAUUCUAGAGAAACUCCCCCCCCCCCCCAUAGGCCAGACUUCCUGGUUUAUAAAUGUGAGAACAGCAAGCUAACACUUGAUGUUGGGUCUUUCUAGGGAGGGAAUGAGUUAAGCAUGAAACCCACUAUCCAUGUAGAGAAAAAAACAUAUAAACCUACUCAAUACUGUGAUAAAAAUGCAAAGAAACUUUGACUUAGACUGUGCCCUUGCCUGCUAGCACUAAAUACGUGUGUGUGGAAAGCAACGCUUUAUUAAAAACUUUGGUGCACCCUUCUCAUUCCAUCUGGUCCAGUGGGAUUUAUGCACCAUCCCUGAGAAAAGAAAACAAAACCAAAGCAACUCACAUGGUGAGCUGGGGGCUUGCUUUCCAUCUGGAGGAGCCAUGGGAGGCAGCAGCCUUGAUGUUGUACUAUCUGCUGGGUCCCAGAGGAGGCCCCAGGCUUUCCUGCAAUUAUGAGAGCAGUACUUCACAAUAUUUUGAGUAAGAUAAUAGAGCUGAAGGCUGCAUUCUCUUUCUCUCUCACCUGAAUUUUGUAAGAGUUCACACAGAGGGAUUAUAUGUGUUCACAUCCCAUCCAGAUGUCUUUUUAUUCACCCAGUGUAAGAGCCUGGGGAAAGACAGGGCUGGAGAUCUGGCUGAGCCAUGCAAGGAGGUUCUCAUUCAUGGCCUGAUGCUACAUAAGUAUUGUUUUCAAUGUUAAACUUUUGAUCCUGAGCAAUUAUGAUCUGUGAGCCAGUUUGGGGGGCUAUAAUUAAGGCCAGACUUAGUUUUUGUAAGCAGUUAGUACAUACUGGAAAUACAGCAUUUUAUUUAUUAUUUUCUGGUUUUGUUUCUAUGGGCUAAAUCCAUAUGUGUGUCUAAUCCAAUGAAUAGAUGUCCUAAAAAAUAUUUUUUCUACUGUCUGUUUAAACAUAGCAAAGGGGUCUUUGUGCUUUUUUUCCUUCCUUUAAUUUUGUCUCGUCUCAUCUGUUGCAUGGGAAGAGGAUGGCAAGAAUGAACUGCAUGUAGUAGGAUAUGUCUAUCAAAGCACUGCUGGUCUGUAUUACUAAAUUUACAUACAUAUAUGCAAAGAUUUUGUCUGCAUUGUACAGUUUGUGUUUAUUCUUAUUUGUUGUAUACACAGAUUCAACAUGAUGAAUAAAACAUUUCUAUAAAGGCAUACCAGAAAACAACAAAAAAGUUUCUGUAAGAAGUAGACUGUGCAAAACAUCAUUGCACUGGCCACAGGAUGGUGAAACUUCAUGAAAAUAGGUUGGCAAACUCAGUUCUCCCCUUUUACCAUGCCAAAGAAAAUUUUAGCUCCUUAAUAUAAUACCUCUCUUGCUGUUCUCCAGGAUAAGACUUCACCAUUUUCUUCCCUCUAAAAUUAAUUUUGCUGUUAAGUGAAAGCUGUUUUCAACUGUCUGUUACUACUAACAUACUGUACAGUAAACCUGAUGGAAUCAAUUUGUAUUUACAGGUUGGGGUUUUGUACUUACAUGUCCAGCUGUCUGUGAAUCUGCAGCAUUCCAGAUCUUUUGCAUGCUUGCUUUGUAUUUUGUUCUUCUGGGUUUUAUCUAAUCUCUGAGAGAGUCUGUUUGCACAGCAAUCCAAACUCAUCUUACCAUUUCAUAUGUUAACACUGCAAAAAGUCAUUAUCUC